AUGGCUCUGUUUCCGCGAGGAAACCGCUUGGACCUUCGUCAGGUCAAUUGCCCGAUAUCUUGCACUUCUCUAAUCCUUUUCCAAGGUCAGAAGAAGGUUCUCCCUUACCCUUUCCGGCUCUUCAUCCAGCGGCUCUUCGUCCCCUGGCUCUUCCUCGGGCUCCUCGUCCUCGGAUACUUCGUCCCCACCACCCUCUCCUCCUCCUCCCCCUCCUCCAUCCAUACGCCCACCCAUAUCUCCGGUCCCGGUCCCCCCGCCAUCAGCCUCGGCCAGUACUCAGUACCUCCUCCGCCUUCAGGUGGUACUAAAAAUACUCCCCCCAACUGGCCUAUCGCUGAAGUCGCCGGCGUUCCGGUACAACACGUUGUCAAUGCCCCCCCGAAAUGGCCUAUCGCUAAAGUUGCCGGCGUUCCGGUCAAGAACGUUGUCAAUGCUCCGCAGCCUUUGCCGCCUUACCCUCCGCGUAGGAUCUAG